AUGGGUUAUCUUCUGGAACUUUUGUUGACAAAACUUCGUUACGCAGCUGGUGAAGGCAAUUCUGAAUCAAGUAGUGGAGAAAGUUCAGGUAUGAGCAGUUGUAACGCUGACCUUGUUCAUGGUCUGCAAAUUGUUGGGAUGAGUGCAACUAUGCCAAAUGCGACAGCAGUUGCUAAUUGGCUUCAGGUGAUAAAACACUAA